AUGUUCCCUCUUAUCGUCGUCCUCUGCUCUUUCCUCUCUCUCUUCCUCCUCCCGCCGGUAUAUCUCGCCGCCGUGACUGAUGACGAGUACCUAAAGCUUCCGUUACUACGCAAAUCUCCGUUUCCUUCUCCCACGCAAGCUCUGGCUUCAGACACUCGCCGUCUCCAUUUUCUCUCCCUCCGCCGGAAAACCGUACCCUUCGUCAAAUCGCCGGUAGUCUCCGGCGCUUCUUCCGGGUCGGGUCAAUACUUCGUGGAUCUUCGAAUCGGACAGCCGCCUCAAUCCCUACUCCUUAUCGCUGAUACCGGAAGCGAUCUCGUUUGGGUCAAAUGCUCCGCUUGCCGAAACUGCUCUCAGCAUUCUCCGGCCACCGUCUUCUUCCCCCGUCACUCCGCCACAUUCUCUCCCACUCACUGCUACGACCCGAUUUGCAGACUCGUACCCAACCCGAACCCGGCUCCGAAAUGUAACCAUACCCGGAUCCAUUCCACGUGUCCUUACGAGUACGCUUACGCGGACGGUUCAUUAACUUCCGGUCUAUUCGCUAGAGAAACGACGACGUUGAAGACGAGCUCCGGUAGAGAAGCGAAUCUGAAGAGGGUCGCUUUCGGAUGCGGGUUUCGGAUCUCGGGUCAAAGUGUAUCGGGUACGAGUUUUAAUGGAGCUCAUGGAGUCAUGGGCUUGGGCCGUGGGCCCAUUUCAUUUGCUUCUCAGUUAGGCCGUCGUUUUGGUAACAAGUUUUCCUACUGCUUAAUGGAUUACACUCUGUCUCCACCGCCGACGAGUUACCUCAUUAUCGGCGGCGGCGGCGGAAAUCGAUCCAACGCCGUUUCAAAACUUUCCUUCACUCCGUUGCUCACCAAUCCACUCUCGCCGACUUUUUAUUACGUUCGAUUGAGAUCGGUUUUCAUUAACGGUGCCGAAUUACGAAUCGAUCGUUCUAUUUGGGAGAUCGACGGUUCAGGUAACGGCGGAACCGUUGUCGAUUCCGGUACAACCCUCGCGUUUCUCGCUGAUCCGGCGUACAGAUUGUUGAUCGCGGCUUUGAGACGACGGAUCCGGCUCCCUAUGGCCGCAGAGCCGACUUCGGGAUUUGAUUUAUGCGUUAACGUAUCCGGCAUUUCGAAGCCGGAAAAGAUAAUGCCGAGGCUGAAAUUUGAAUUCGCCGGCGGUGCAGUGUUCGUUCCGCCGCCGAGGAAUUACUUCAUCGAGACGGAGGAGCAGGUCCAAUGUUUGGCAAUACAAUCGGUGAAUCCUAAGGUUGGAUUCUCGGUGAUCGGGAAUCUGAUGCAGCAAGGGUUCUUGUUUGAAUUCGAUAGGGAUAGAUCACGGCUGGGUUUUUCUCGUCGCGGUUGCGCUUUGCCGUGA